UCUUGGCCUCGCUCGGGCUCGGACGGAGAGGCCCUUUUGCCUAGUAGUAAAUGCCUAGCCUUAGUUUAGCUAGGCUACUUAAGGCCUAGCCUACUUACUGUACUUAGGCCUUCUGAUAGGCCUAAGUACUACACCAACUAUGCUAGCCUGCCUAGACCUCUUUCUAGCCUAAUUGGAUGUAUGCCUGCUGUGCAAGUAAAAUAAGUUAAUUGAGAGGACAUAACAGAGGGAUAUGGCAUCAAAUAGGAGGUUCAUCCACAGUAUAAAAUGUGCUGGAAAAUAUCUUUUGCAUCCACACAGAAGAGGAAGAUGGAUUGCAAAAUCCAGAAGUGUUGUCACCUGGUCGCCUUUGGCUUCUGCCUUCAAUUUGAAGACAAAGUGGAAAAUUAAUUUUGGAAAGUCAAAUGUGGGUUUGUUUGAAAUGCCAGAACUGACCUCUCCGACAGGUUUCAGUGAAGCCCAGGUGAAAUGCAUCAAGGAAGCUGAGGAUCUGGUACAGGAGGCAAUAAAUUCUCCCACAAGUCCUCAAAUAGUGAAUAUUUUUGACAAAUUGUCUGAUACGCUGUGCCGUGUAGCUGAUUUGGCUGAUUUUAUUCGGCUAGCUCAUCCUGACAAUAACUUCGCACAAGCAGCUGAAGAUGCCUGUAUGUCAAUAAGUGCUCUGGUAGAAAGACUCAACACAAAUGUGGAGUUACACCAGUCAAUCAGAAGGUUGCUAGACUCCAAGGAGGUCAUGGGGUCAAUGGAUGAAGAAUCGAGAAAGGUCGCUGAAUUGUUCUUGUUUGAUUUUGAACAAAGUGGAAUACACUUAGAUGAAAUAAAGAGGUUAAAAGCAGUUAGUCUGAAUGAAGAUAUCUUAGUUCUUGGUAGCCAAUUUAUGCAGGGUACUCAGAUGCCGACAGCUGUACGUAAAGAUGAACUUCCUGAACAUAUUCGCCACUGUUUCCCAGUUGAUGGUCAAAAUGUGAUGAUUAAUUCCCUUCAUGCAGAAAAUCCUAGUGACUUGAUUAGAGAAGCUGCUUAUAAGGUGUUCUUGUACCCAAAUCCAACUCAGAGCACCCUUCUAGAUCAGCUGCUUGAGGCAAGGCAUAGCCUAGCCAACCUGGUAGGAUUUCAAACGUUCGCCCAUCGAACGCUACGUGGUACCAUGGCAAAGACUCCUGAGAAUGUGAUGGAGUUUCUGAUGUAUCUUGCUGAGCACUUGUACCCAAAAGCAAAAAAGGAACUGCAGUUUCUUGAAGGUGUCAAGAAAUCCAUCAACAAAUAUAAUAACCAGGAAAUAAAGCAGUGGGACCCAUCAUAUUAUAUGAAUAUAGCAAAGAAACAAAAGUUUGACGUUGAAAAUAUAGACCUAACUCACUACUUCUCUCUUGGAGCGUGUAUGGAUGGAUUAAACCUGAUCUUUACCAGCCUCUAUGGGGUUAGCCUAGAGAGUGUUGAUCCACAGCAUGGUGAAACCUGGGCUCAGGAUGUCAAAAAACUAGCUGUUAUACACGAAACGGAAGGUCUGUUAGGGUACAUAUACUGUGAUUUCUUUGAUCGUCCUAGUAAACCACCCCAUGAUUGUCAUUUUACAAUACGAGGAGGUCGUCUAAUGGAUGAUGAGUCUUACCAACUACCUCGUGUUGUGUUAGUCUGUUCCUGUAUUCCACCUCAGUCUGGAGCACCUGCACUCUUAACACAUGGAAUGAUGGAAAACUUAUUCCAUGAGUUUGGUCAUGGUAUUCACUCCAUGCUUGCUAGAACCAAGUUCCAACACGUGACAGGUACGCGGUGUGCUACAGACUUCGCAGAGGUGCCUUCUAUUUUGAUGGAGUUUUUUGCCAAUGAUUAUCGUGUCCUCAAGAAGUUUGCAAAACAUUACAAAACUCAGGAGACUUUGCCAGAAGAAAUGAUUUCAAAACUUUGUGCUUCUAAGAAGAUGUUUUCAGCAUAUGAAAUGCAGACACAAGUUUACUAUUCAAUUCUAGAUCAGAUGUUCCAUGGUAACCACCCCCUACAGAAGAGCACAACAGAUAUUCUAGCUGAUGUUCAAAAUAACUUUUCUUGCUUGUCACAUGUUCCAGGAACAGCUUGGCAGCUUCGAUUUGGACACCUUGUUGGUUACGGUGCUAAAUAUUACUCGUAUGUACUCUCAAAGGCAGUGGCCACCAAGAUAUGGAGUCAGUGUUUCGCUCAAGAUCCAUUUUCAAGGUCCGCAGGUGAACGAUUUAGGAAGGAGAUGCUAGCAAGCGGAGGUGGUAAAGAUCCAGCCACAUUAGUAGAAAAUAUGCUUGGCCACAAACCCACAAAAGAGGAAUUAGUACAAUCGCUGUUGACUGGACUUUGACCUUUUCUUCACUGAAGGAUGAUAGAAAUAAUAUAUCAAUGAAGAUUUUGAUUAAUUAAAAGUAAAUCUCCCAUAUAUGGAACACUAACUGAAAACAAUAAUACAGUUUUAGGCAAGCAAUUAUAUAACCUGAAAAUGAUGUAAUUUUCUGUUGAAUCAACACCCAUAGAUGCUCUUUUACUGGUACCUAGGAUCACUCGACUUCUUCCUCUGAUAAAAAACUCCCCUUUAAGGAAUUGUGGUUUUUGGAUUCAAAUAUUCUUAUUGUGGACAAUGCAUUUUUUGUAUCAGGGCACAGGUGGCGGAUCCAGGGGUAGCAAAAGGGUCGCUCAUCACUCUCCCCCUCCCCUCCCUCCUCCAGCAGGGACCAAAAAUAGAAACUCUGGAGCUUUGGGGAAAACGCCCUGAACCCAGCAAUAUAAAGAAACACCACAAAAAAAAAUCCUGUAUCUGCCAACUGCAUAGGAUAACAUAUCAAAUUAACCUUUUACAUGGAGACAAGAACAAAUCAGUUCAGGGCUAAGGGUCAAAAUUGAGAAGAUUGGUUUAUUUAAAGUGAAGUAACAGUAUGGCGAAUGUAAAUUACAUCAAAUUUCCCUUGACCAUGUAACACCAAACUGGAACUAUAUAAGGAUAGGCCUAUACCAAUAUUCAUCAAGAAAAAAUGUAUUAAUGUCCUGGUUUAUAGCUCAAAAGACUUCAAAAUAAAGAUUUUAAUGACAUUUUA